CCACUUUUGCCCCACUCUUGAGAUUUUUUAAAACUGUCAAACACAAAAAUUUAUUUGUAUACACUUAAAAUGAGACUUCAAUACUUUUUUAUUGUAGCGACGACCCUGCCUGCAUUUCUUUUGGCUCAUAGAAGUACCACAGACCUCGAAGCAUACACAGGAAAAAAACAUUUACCGUACAAUGCCCUACAUCAUCGCUCCAAACGUGUCUCCACGCCAUACAAGUCUGAAAAGACAGACCAUCUGGCCAAGUUUUGUGUGUCUAUACGUUCCCGAACACCACGAAAAUACUUUGGAGACAAUCAUUAUUGCGGCGGCAGUAUCAUCUCGUCCACAUUUGUGCUGACUGCUGCCCACUGCACCAUGGACAAGCGCAAGAUUAUGCAUCGAGCUCGAGUACUACUGAUAGUGGCUGGAACUCCGAACCGUCUCAAGUUCAUUAAGGGUCAGUCGGUGAACGUGCCUGUGAAGAAGCUGUUUGUCCCUAAAAACUUCACCAUGCACAAUACCAAUAACAUUGCACUCAUCAAACUGGCUGAGGCACUGCCCAGUGAUAAUCCACACAUUGGUAUCAUCGACCUGCCCAAAGCACAGCCUGCUUUCAACAUCAACUACACAGUUCUGGGUUGGGGACGGGUCUAUAAGGGCGGUCCACUGGCCUCCUCGAUAUUGCACAUCGAUGUGGAGUUGCUAGCACGGGAGGAGUGUGCCAAAAUGCUGAAGACUUUCAAGCCCGAGAUGAUGUGUGCUGGUAACUUGGGCAAUGACCUGGACGAGAAUCCUUGUGCUGGCGAUACUGGCGCUCCCAUGAUCUUCAACGAUACUGUGUACGGUGUUGUGUCCUAUCGGAUUGGUUGUGGCUCCAUAACACAACCAUCCGUCUACACCAACGUAUUUGAGCACCUGGAGUGGAUUGAAGAAGUUAUGUCGCGAGGAAUACGUCAUUUGUCAGUUUCCGUGUUCAGCUAUUUGCUUUUACUUUUGACAGUUUUUCAAUUCAAAUUUCAGUAAUAAUAUCUAAAAGUCCUAGUCAACUGGGCGCCAGAGCUCUAAUCCCAAAUACAAAUAAGUCAGACCAAGUA